GUGCCCCGCACGCGCCCAGAAGGACACUUUUCUGUACCGCUGUGGCUACUCCAAAACGGUCAGGCAGAUCUGCCACAUGUCUGGCUGGUACUCCAUGCUGACAGAGGUCCUGGCCUGUAACGCGUGCAGGAAAGCUGCUAAGGAGUCUGAGCAACAUGUCAUCGGUCGCUUUGUGGCGUGCACACUAAUGCAUGGCAUGGACAAGCAGGUGGUCUGGCUGAUGAGGGAAUCGCAGUGAGGGCAACACCAUGAACAAGGUGUGGAGGCAGGUCCAGGAAAGCCACUGUGAGGAAUAUCUGCACAGAAAAGACCUGCUCAGCCAGCUCAAUAAACCUGGUGGGAUCAUAAGGACUCUCAGCCAUCAGUUUCAGCAUCCGCCACCAAGGAGGGAGCUGCCGUCCCCAAAGCUGCCGAGGAAGUGCUUCCUCCUCGCUGAAACAGAGAACAUCGAGGACUACCGCACUCAGAUCAUGUCCACGUUUGGCAAAGUCCUUAAGCCAAAGAAGAUCUGUAAGAAGCUUUCCGGACAAGGAAAAGGCACAGCAGAAUGGUGCACAAACGUGGCCAAUGAGCUCGGUCAGAUCCUCAUGUACGUCCUUAACUGUGAGGAGUCUCUGGACCUCCUGAACUGAUGUACGUGGACCGCGGCUGCUGUCGUGUGCAUGGUGUCUCAUCUUUGGAGCAGCUGUUCAGUGAGUGGGCCGACAGUGGCAUGAUGGUGCGGCUCGACAUCUUUCACUGUAUAACCAGGUUUAACGUGGCUCUCCGAAAAGAUCACCACCCAAAAUACGCUCUCUUCAAGUCUGCACUUUCUGCUGCUGUGUUCAUGUAUAACAAGGACGACAUGGUGCUAUUCAAGCCACGCGUCCAAAUAUGCUUCCCUGUCUGAUGGUCAGAUCAUUGAAAUGCACAUCGGCAAAUCUGAUCUGAAACAUUACGUCAGGAGGAUUGCCCAGGAGACCUUUGUCCAUGUGCAGAGUGCCAUCGACAUCCUGAAGGGAGCGGCUGGAAUGGACGAGAAGUCCAUCUGUUCAAUGACGCAGCAGCCAUUGACCAGGUCUGGGAGAAUAAGCAGAAACACCAGGAGUGCAUUCAGGAUCCUCCAGGAAGGGACAUGUACAUAAUCACCAAGUAUGUCACCCGCAACGGCAUGCGCCUCCCAUACUACAGGACCGUGAGAGGCAGCAACAGCCUGGAGAGCUUCCCCUUCUUCCUGCCCAGCAUGAUACCGGGGCCCCACUGUGCAGCUGUCCUGUACAUAUUUCUUAUAAGUGUCAAAUUGUCAACACAAUGAAGUUUAACUUUCUAAAACUCAUACAGUUGAGCUCAAAAUCUAAAACCUGUCAGAGCUAUUUGAGUUAAAAAGAAGAAGUAAGUUGACAUGACUAAAUGGGUCUAUGAUUCUUUUCAGUGUACUCAUUAAUGUUAGUAGUAUUAAUCUGUGUCAGUAUUGGUAUUGCCAUUAUUGUUAUUAGAAAUUUUAUCAUUAUUAUAGUAGCUGUUUUUAUUAGAAUGAUUAGUUGUAUUGAAACUGCUGAUUAGCCCUGGUGUUCAGUGAGUUUGUAUGUUUAGCAGGUCAAAACUUCCAUUUACAGAUAUUUUAUGACAAAUAUAAUUACAUCUGUUUGUCUAUAUGUUGUAGUACUUCAACAUAACAGAAUC